AGAAGCCGACCAUUCUCGAGGGGCGAUCCGAGCCGUCAGUAGGGUAGAUCGGACGGCCUUCCCUGUCCCGGGCUCGUGCUUAUCAUCCCCUUCGCACCAACCUCGGCUUCCUUCUUGCUUUUCGUACGCUCAACACAGGGAGCAAAAGAAGGGAGAAUGGCGGACGAUCGCCGCCGGAUAGCCGGAAAAUCACGCUGAUCGCGCCGAUUUUCGCCGGUAGUUAACGUGGAGACUGAGGUAUUUCGGCUUGCGUGAUGGGUUGCUGAGAGACACCGGAGGAUGCUAUCUGAUGUAGGUAUGAGGCCAGGGAUUCUCGGGGAGAAUCGGGGCGACGGGUCGUUUGGUGAGGAUUUGGACAAGGAGCUGGGCCUGCUACUGAGGGAGCAGAGAAGGCAGCAGGUGAGCGAGCGGGAGAGGGAGCUCAACCUCUUCCGGAGCGGUAGCGCACCGCCUACGGUAGAAGGCUCACUAGCUGCCGUCGGCGGGCUUCUUGGCGAGGGUGCGGUCGCAGCGGCGGCCGGGGGCCUUGCGGGCUCCGAUGAGGAGAUAAGGAAAGAUCCGGCCUAUCUCUCCUAUUACUACUCUCACGUGAACCUCAAUCCCAGGUUGCCGCCACCAGCACUGUCCAAGGAGGACUGGAGAUUCGCGCAAAGGUUGCAGGCGGCCUCUGGCAGCAAUUCUUUGCUGGGUGGAAUUGGCGACAGGCGGAAGGUCAACCGGCCGGGAGGAGCGGAGGGCGAUGGGGCAAGCAGGUCGUUGUUCUCGUCGCAGCCGGGGUUCAAUUCACCGGCAGAAGAGGGCAAUCAGGGCAGUCUUGCAAGGCAGCCGUCGGCCGAGUGGCUUGAGUGCGGAGGGGACGGACUGUUUGGGUUCUCUGGUUUCGGUCUGGGACCUAGGCAGAAGAGCUUCGCCGAUAUCCUACAGGAGGACCUUGGCCGCAGUAGUCCUGCACCAGGCCAUCCAUCUCGUCCAGCAAGCCGAAACGCUUUUGGCGAUGGUGGUGAUGCUAGUGAACCAAACUUUGGGCAUCUGCAUGGUGAGAGACUAUCUAUGGAUAAUCUACAACCUGGUACAGGAUUACAAGGCCCAGGUGUUGUACAAGGUCUUGGUUCGUCUUCCUCUCAUGCCUUUGCUCCUACCCUUGGCACGUCUCUUUCACGAAGUACCACUCCAGAUCCACAGCAUGUUGGAAGCUCUAGCAAUGCUGGCCAUCUGCCUCUAGGUGGAAGGUUUGUUUCCUCUGACAAAAAUAAUGUUGGCGGCCCAAACUCACUAUCUCGUGCCCCAUCAAGUAUGGGAGAAUCUGCAGAACUUGUCAAUGCUCUAUCUGGGAUGAGUCUCUCCAAGAAUGAUAUGGUAGACGAGGACCAUCAUUUGCAUCCUCAGAUUCAUCAGGAAAUUGAAGACCAGUCGAAUUUUCUGUUUGAUUUGCAACAUAAUCAAGGCAAUGGUAAGCAGCAGUCCUACUUAAAAGGCCCUGAAUCUGAAGCUCUAGGUAUGCCUAUUGCCCCCAAACCCACAAAAGCUUCAUAUGCUGAUUUGGCUAGAAGUAAUGGACUGGUACUAGAUGCUAACAAUUCAUCUGUGACUUCCAAUGGGCAUGUUGACUUGCCAAAACGAACUUCUGCUUCUGGUAAUUCAUAUAGGAAAUCUGGAGCUGCUGAUUCUGUUGCCAAUCCAAUGAGUUCUUCUGCUCUUUAUCAGAGCCUGGAUCCUUCGAAUGAUGCUUUCGGUGGUUAUGGUCUGGGUGCAUAUGGUGUUAACCCACUUUUGUCCACAAUGAUGGCUAAUCGACUUAGUGCUGGCAAUUUGCCUCCUCUCUAUGACAGUGGAACGUCAAUGUUUGCCCCUGGAAUGGAUUCAAGAGGAUUGGGUGCAGGGAUUCCUUCUGGUGCAACUUUAACGGGGACACCAGAUGUACAGAAUCUCAACCGACUUGGAACCCAUGCUGCAACUGGGCUUCAGAUGCCCACAGUGGACCCGCUGUAUAUGCAGUACUUGCAGAGAAACCCAGAAUAUGCUGCUCAAGUUGCUGCCAGUUUCAAUGAUGCUUCUUUGGAUAGAAACUAUAUGGGGAACUCCUACGUUGAUUUGCUGCAGAAAGCAUACCUUAGUGCAGUACUUGCACAAAAAUCACAGUAUAAUAUGCCAUUUUUAGGUAAAACAGGUGGAUUGAAUCAUGGAUACUAUGGCAGCCCUCCAUAUGGAGUUGGUAUGCCAUAUCCUGCGAACUCAUUAGCUAGUUCUAUCCUCCCUGGUUCUCCUGGGGGGCCAGGUAGUCCCCCUUUGAGGCAGAAUGAAAGGAAUUUACGCUUUCCUUCUGUUAUGAGAGGCUUAGGUGGAGGUAUCAUGGGAUCCUGGCACCCAGACAAUGGAGGCAAUUUGGACGAAAGUUUUGCAGCUUCCUUGCUGGAGGAAUUUAAGAGCAAUAAGACCAGAUGCUUUGAGCUGUCUGAGAUUGCUGGCCACGUUGUUGAGUUCAGCGCUGAUCAGUAUGGAAGCAGGUUCAUUCAACAAAAAUUAGAAACUGCAUCAAUUGACGAGAAAAACAUGGUCUUCCAAGAAAUAAUUCCUCAAGCUCUUUCCUUGAUGACUGAUGUCUUUGGGAAUUAUGUGAUACAGAAGUUUUUUGAGCAUGGGACUUCAGCACAGAGAAGGGAACUGGCUGACAAGCUCACUGGUCAUGUCUUGACUCUAAGCCUUCAGAUGUAUGGCUGUAGAGUAAUUCAGAAGGCAAUUGAAGUGGUGGAUUUGGAUCAGCAGACUAAAAUGGUUUCAGAACUUGAUGGCCAUGUCAUGCGAUGUGUGCGCGAUCAGAAUGGGAACCAUGUUAUCCAGAAGUGCAUUGAAUGCAUCCCUCAAGAUGCAAUUCAGUUUAUCAUCUCCUCUUUUUAUGAUCAAGUAGUGACAUUGUCAACACAUCCCUAUGGUUGCCGUGUCAUCCAGCGAGUGCUAGAGCAUUGCAGUGAUCCAACAACACAACACAUCAUGAUGGAUGAGAUACUGCAGUCUGUAUGCAUGCUAGCACAAGACCAAUAUGGAAAUUAUGUUGUUCAGCAUGUAUUGGAGCAUGGAAAACCACAUGAACGUUCAGCUAUAAUAAAAAAGUUAGCUGGACAGAUAGUUCAAAUGAGUCAACAGAAGUUUGCUUCUAACGUCGUUGAGAAAUGUUUAACAUUUGGUGGACCUGUAGAACGACAGAUUUUGGUCAAUGAGAUGCUUGGUACCACCGAUGAAAAUGAACCAUUGCAGGCAAUGAUGAAGGAUCAGUUUGCAAACUAUGUUGUUCAGAAAGUUUUAGAAACCUGUGAUGACCAACAAAGGGAGUUAAUCCUCUCACGAAUUAAGGUCCAUUUGAAUGCAUUGAAGAAGUACACAUAUGGCAAACAUAUUGUGGCACGUGUAGAGAAACUUGUAGCUGCCGGAGAAAGGCGAAUUGGAGUUCAAGCUUCACAUUCAUCUUAGGUCAGAUGAGUUGUGAAGGAUGUUGUACAGCUAACUGAGGCUUGGAGCGUGUACAAGCUUGAUUUGGAAAUAAAGAUGUUUAGUUUGUACUGAAACUUGUACAUUGUGUAGUUUGAAACGAGAGGGUUUGUUACUAAAAAAAGAUGAUUAGGAGUUGCUGAGAGGCCCAGAUGGUGAAAUGCCCAUGCCCCUGCAAAAAAGCAUUGUAGCAGAGAAGUUAAAAAGACUGUACAUGGUCUUUGUUGUAAAAAGGAGGGAGGUGAUAAUUAGUAGUAAAUUAAAGUAACGUGACUGUACAAAUGUCGCCAUGUGGAGAGCCAUCAGGUUCCGUAGGUUUAUGUUAAAAAUUUUCCUAUGGGGAUAAUUUUAUUUAUUCAGCUUUUCUCUUUUA